GACUACAGAAUUUGUUUAAACAUGGCUGCUCCCAUGCAUGUUGUUUACAUUGGGAAUGUGUAGUUCUUAAUUGAGGUCGAAACGAAGAUGGAUGAAAGUAGCCACAAGCCUGGACUUUACAGAUGGAAAAAACAAACAGAUACACGACUGUACUCAAGGUCACAGAAGGUGACAACAAAAAAUGACAUACAGGACUGGAUCAAGACUGUGGAGUCGGCUUCAGAUAAAGCUGCACAAAAAGUUUUUGGAUCUAAUCCAAAAUCUGGAAAAGCGCUGGGGAAGGUGGCAACUUUGAAGUCUGUGAGUCAACUUCGGGAACAUGAUGCUGCUCUUAGUGAAGCCCAGGAUCUCCUGUCUCAGUGGAUGGACGAAAAAGUCAAUCUCCAAGACGACGGUGACGAUUAUUUGGAUGAUGAUAUGUAUCAAAGACGAAUGGUCCAGUCAGAUGUGAAGCGUGAGUGGGACCAUCUUCUCCAGGACAACUACGAGGAACAGGGUCUGGUGAAACCUCAGCCAACCAUCAACGACACUGACCCGUAUGCAUUUCUAGCAGAACAAGAUGAGGAGAGUGCUGUGGAGUCCAUUCUAAAACACAUGCUCAGUAAGAAAGUCGUCAACGACAAUUUUACCAAUGAUUUAGGGUUUGACGAUUUGAACAAGCCCGACCCUCGAACAAAGAUGGAGCUACGACACCAACAGGUGAAAGAGAAUCGAGAGAAGCGUCAAAAGGUGCUGGACAGCAAGAAGAAAGAACAACGAGCAAAGAAAGAUGCUCAUCACAAAGCUAAGCAGAUCAUACUUCAGGAGGAGAAGAAUAAACAGGCAGAUGUGAAGAAGGAGGAAAUGAAGAUUCGGAAGGAAAUGGCCCGAAUACGUAAGGACAUGCAGGAAGAACGUCGCCAGUUAGACGAACAGAAAUCUAGACAGAGGAAGAAUCAGGAAGAAACGUUACACAAAGCCACAGUGUUAGUUGAUACAGAGGAAGCAAGAUCCCUGCAGGAGAGAGGAGAGCGUGAACGAGCAGAGGAAGACAGACGAAGAAAGAUCAUGGUCAAACUGGGACAGAUACAAACCAGACAAGAGGCUGCUAAUCUAAAGAGUCUUCAUCGCCAUUUUUCUGCAUGGUACAACAUAGUUCUACAGCGUCGUCUACAGAUCGGACGAGCUAAAGCUAUUCACGACUGGAAGCUUCUCCUACAGGCCUGGAACGCAUGGAAGGCGUACAUACGCACACGACGAAUAGACUGGGAGACGAAACAACACGAGAUUACUAUCAUACAGACUCACAGAAAGACCCAUGCUGCAGAGACACAUUACAGAGUAUGGUUGCUAAGGAAGUACUUUGUUGCCUGGCAACUAUGGAUAAAAAUGGAACAGGAGAGAAACGAAAUGGAACAAGCUCAAGAAAAAACACGCAAUAAAAUGGCAGCUUUACUUGAAGCAGCUGCCAAGGGCAAACUCUCCGAGGGAAAUAACACAGAUCGAUCAGAACAAGGAAAAGGCAAAGUUGUCGCCAAGGCAACAAACCUUGAAGUGGAUGCGUUGUUUGAGAGUAAUCAGCGACGACCUUUGACCUCAAGAAGUGAUGUAUCAACAGUGGUAGAUUCAAAUUCGGAGAGAAAACCAGUGCAGCGGAACAGAAUUCCUACAGAGGCAUGGCAGAUAACCAAACGACAUCUUCAGCUGACCACAGACGAAAUCGCUGGACUCGGGGGCGGGGAUAACCAGGGAGAGCAUCACUCUGACCAGAAAAUCCGGAAUCGGUUCGGAACACAGCCAUGGAUGAAUAGAAAGUACACACCAAAUAGUUUCCAGAAUCGUCACCAAGCACAACAACAAAUUCUUGAGGAACAGCAACGACAACUCAAGGAACAACAGAAACUUAUUCAGGAACUACAGUUUAAUCAGAAUCAACAGAUGCUAGAACAACAGGGUAAUACACAAAAACAAUUGGCAGAGAGAAUAACGCCUGAAAACCCACUGCAGAUGACUAACAAAAGUAAAACGACAGUAAACAAACGACAACAGCAUGCUAGAUUAAACAACGGGGAAAUUAGUGACAGACAUCUGGACAGCAGAGCUGGUGUCACUGACAGAAAUGCUUUUGGUCCCUUAACGGAAAGGUCAGAGGUCACAGAGCCAUCAGAUGUUACAGAAAGGUCAGAGGUCACAGCAAGAUCAGAGGUCACAUCUGCUAGUAAUGCUGCUGCCAAAAAGAAUGACACUAAAUACCUGGCUGUUUUGAAAAACAUGGAAGACCGAGCAGCAGAGCGGUCGCGUCUUAAGGCGGAGAGGGAGGAAAAACGACGUCUAGAGGAGGAGGAAAACCUGAAACGUCUCAAAGCCGAGGAGGACAUGUUGUUACAGCGAGAUGCAGAAGAAAAGAGAGCUCGGGUUGCAGCACACAGGGAGAAGAAACGGCUAGAGAAGGAGAGAGAAACCCAGAAACAGCAGAGAGAGCAACAUAUGAAAGAACUAACAAAGAAAGCUGACGCCCACUACCUACGGGCCACACUCAAAUACCGCUGCUUAGGACCAUUCAAAAAAUUGGUGGAGAUGGCACGUAGAAAUAAGGUCAUGGCCGUCCGCCAUCACAACAACAAUCUGCAGAGACUAGCGUUGCAGUGCUGGCGUUCCAAUGUCAAGGACAUUGUUUCUCAGAAGGAGGCUACAGCUGACCAGAUGUACAACUACUUCCUCGUCCGUCACUUUUUUUCUAACUGGAGAAACUUUAAACACCAUACAACUAUAAUGGAGGGACGGGCUCGGCGGAUCCAUCAGCGUAACACCAAGUGUAAGGUGCUCCGUGUCUGGUACGAAUACGCCCAGGAAGAGAGGGGGAGGGGCGUGGCAAAUCAACAGCUGGCAGAUGACCACUAUAGAAGGUCUCUGCUGAAAAAGACAUUCAAAACUAUAAAGGAUUACCCACUAGAACGCAAGAGAGCAAUUGCUCGUGAGAAGAGAAGGGCAGAUAUGAGGGAAAAAGUGGCCGCUCUAAUACCUGAUUACGAGGCCAUAGAGAUAAGGAAAAGUUCAACAGAUUUCUCCUGAUACCAGCCUGGAAGUAUCAAACAAAUAUGAGACUACAAAAGAUUUGAAAUUUCUUAUACCGAUACAAGGUGGAAGGGAUUAGGCUAGAUUGAGUGGACCUCAAAUAGAAAAUUUGCUAGACUUAUAACUCUCUACAAGCCAGACCAUGUCUAUGUCAAACGGAAGGCUAUAGUGUUAGGGCCUUUCUGCUGAUUUCUCCUGAUACAAUCUGGAGAGCAGUCAUGCUAUAUGUGAUUGUACUUCACAGCCUGGUGGAAAGAGUGGCAAAUAUGGACUUUUCUAUUUGUUACAAGGUUUACUAACUACUUGACAUUUACAUAUCAAUUUUAUAAAUAAUUUAUUAUUUGUUUCUGUGUUGUGUUUUAUUUGUACAUAAUAUUUGAUUUAAAUCAAUAACCAAA